AUGGCCCACACCUUCAUCGAGGCCUCCGACGAAGGGCUGCUGGAAGAGGAAGACGGGGAGGACGAUGCCGUCGAAUCCGGGGACGAGGAAGACAGCGGCGAGCCCCUGCCGGGCCUCAACGGGGAGCUGGGCGAGAGGGGCCGAAGUGCCAGUGGCGGCCCUUUGGAGGAGGACCCCCUCAUCCACGCCAUCGGCAUUCCUCACCACCAGUCCGCGUUUGUGCGCCCCACACCUGUCCACUUCCGGCCGGAUUUAGAGAGCGCGGACGGAGGGGUGGCCGCUAGUCUCGGGGGAACCUGUGGUGGAGGCCUGGCGCCCGGAAGCAGUUCCAUGGGCACGACCCUCUCCCCCGCCGCGGCUGCUGCUGCUGCCCACCUCUCCCCCUUGUGGUACCCUCCGUGGGUAGCUGCCUUUAAACCUAUGUUUGGUCUUCAAGCUCCGCGUCCAACCGGCAGAAGGUCGAGGAAGCCUGGGGUUGAUCGGAAGCCGCGCCAAGCCUACAGCGCCAAGCAAUUAGAGAGACUUGAAGCGGAAUUCAAAGUGGAUAAAUACCUGAGCGUCUCCAAGAGGCUGGAGCUCUCCCAGGCGUUAUCCCUAACAGAAACCCAAAUCAAAACCUGGUUCCAAAAUCGUCGAACCAAAUGGAAAAAGCAGAUGGCAGCGCGCAUGCGCCUGGCACAGAGACAGGGGCUCAUCCCUCCGCACUUGUACCCGGUGCUGCCUCCCAUUCCUCCCAUCCUGGGCUCUUACUACCACCCGCUAAACCCCCACUCACACACCACCCACAUUGUUCCACCCCCGCCACUUCUCACUCCCAUUUCAGGAGCCGCCGAGACUUCCUACUCCACAUCUCACGACCACACAGCCACACAGAUUUGAAGUAUAGCCCCUUCCACAAUUCGUCUACUCAUCUUUAUUAUUUAAUAAAG